ACCUUUUAAAUCCCCACACUUUACCCUUCUUCAAACUCACACCAAACAGUCCCUAAACAAAACUCUCUCUCUCUCUCUCUCUCUCUCUCACACACAAAACACUCAUGGCUUCCACCGAAGAUUCCCUCAACCCACCUCCACCGCAGCAGCAACUGCCGAUUUUACAACCGCAGCAACAGCCAUCUACUCUCCCGCAAUAUCCGGAGAUGAUUAUGGCUGCAAUUGAGGCGUUGAAUGAGAAGACCGGCUCGUCUAAAGCGGCGAUCUCGAAGCAAAUGGAGUCAACAUACCCGGAUCUGCCAGCGGCUCACUCUACACUGCUCUCUCAUCACCUAAACAAGAUGAAAGGAAGCGGCCAGCUCGUUAUGGUGAAGAACAACUACAUGAAGCCGGACCCCAACGCGCCGCCCAAGAGGGGACGCGGCCGUCCACCGAAGCCGAAGGCUCCGUUGCCACCAGGCACUGUGAUUUCCCCACCCAGGCCACGUGGACGUCCACCCAAGUCAAGAGAUCCCUUCGCUCCACCAGCUCCACCUAAACAGAAGAGCCCAACCGGGAGCGUAAGGCCACGUGGGAGACCUCCGAAGAAGGCCAAGACAACCCCCGCUGCCACGCCUUCAGCUGCGACUAACAAAACCGGUCCGCCGAGAGGGAGAGGACGGCCGCCGAAGGUGAAGCCGGCAGUGGCGCCGGUGGCUGGUUGACAGAAAAAACAAAAGUUCAAAAAAGAAAAGAGAGAGAGAGAGAGAGAGAGGAUUAGGUUGUUUAGUGUGUUAGUUUAGUUUCUACUAAUUGAUGUUUUAGCUUUAAUUAAUCUUUAAUCUUAAUUUAAUUUUAAUUUAUGUAGUGGUGAGUGUUGUAAUGUGGAUGUAAUUUGCCUGUAAAAAUUGUUCAGCGGCUGUUUAGGCUUUUUCUCUUCUUUUUUUAA